UGCGUGCGCAUGUUUACACAGACGGGAAUCCUGCGCCAGAGGAAGUGCGCUCUCUCCGUCUGCGUCCCGGUUUCCUGCUCGGACCUGGAGCCUCCAGGAGCCUCACUGAUCCUCUCAGCCUCUCAGCCUCGGACCUUCAGCAGCAGCAGGGCAUGGAGCCCCGACCCGGCUCUCCAACACCGGUGUGAGGCUCAAGGGCAGCGGCAGCGGGACCGAGGAGAGGAGCGGAGCAGCGGUCCGUCCGGGUAGAUCGCCUGUAUCGACAGCGCCAUGGAGAGCUCCAUCACCCUCUGGCAGUUCCUGCUGCAGCUGCUGGUGGACCAGAGCCACAAGCACCUCAUCUGCUGGACGUCCAACGAUGGCGAGUUCAAGCUGCUCAAGUCGGAGGAGGUGGCCAAGCUGUGGGGGCUGCGCAAGAACAAGACCAACAUGAACUACGACAAGCUGAGCAGAGCGCUGCGCUACUACUACGACAAGAACAUCAUCAAGAAGGUGAUUGGCCAGAAGUUCGUCUACAAGUUCGUGUCGUUCCCGGAGAUCCUGAAGAUGGACCCGGCGGUGGUGGAGUCGGGCCGCAGCGGCGAGGAGAGCGGGGGGGCCGCGUCGGAGCCGGAGGGCGAGGAAGAGGAGGCCCGCGACCGCAACCAGUACCUCCACUCCGGCCUGUACUCCUCCUUCACCAUCGGCUCCCUGCAGCAGCCCCCCGAUCCUCACCGGCCAAUCAAAACGGAGCCCAGGUCCGAUCGCCGCGACGACAGCUCCACCGUCAUCCGGUUCGUCACCAACUCCGGCCACUCCUCCCUCCCCUCCACGCCGCCCCUCUCCUCCAGCGAGAGCUCCGGUUCCUCCCGGCCGUCCCCCCGGCUGGCCUGCUCCUCCCCCUCGCCGCAGAGCCCCGCCCACAUUAGGGGGCGGAGCCAGAGCGCAGAUACUGACGAGUCGGAGCCCGAGGCUCAGCCCCUGAAUCUGUCGUCCGGUCACAGGGAGAGGGAGAGGUCACGGAGCACGGCCCCGCCGCUGAGGAGGGGGCUGGCCAACGGCUCGCUUUCCAAAGGUAGAAAACCCAAAGGCUUGGAAAUCUCCGCCUCCUCUCUGCUCCUGACAGGAAGUGACCUCGUCUCCAUCGCCCUCAACAGCCCGGCGCUGCCCUCCGGGUCCAUGACCCCGGCCUUCCUGACAGCACAGACUCCAUCUGGCCUGCUGCUCACGCCCAGCCCUCUGCUGUCCAACAUUCACUUCUGGUCCAGCCUGAGCCCGGUGGGUCCUCUGAGCCCCGCCCAGCUGCAGAGCCACGCCCAACUCUUCCAGUUCCCCUCGUUGCUGAAUGGAGCCUUCCCUGUGCCUCUCCCCACCGUGGAUGCUCCUUCUCCACUGAUGCUCUCCUCCUCCUCCACCCACAAGUCCUGAUGCCAGACUGAGCUCCAGGAGCAAACGGGGCCGAAGAGAGCCAGAGAGGGCCAAGACCAGAUCAGCGAUAACCAAAGGAUCAAACCAAACUCUGACGCUGAACCACAGAGGACUGGGACUCCAGUCACACGUUGAUCCAAGACUUCUAGAAGAAACUGGAGUUUCGCCCUCCAAGAAAAGCUUUAGAUACUUCUCUGUAUGUUUACUUCAGGGUUUUCUUACGUCAGCGUUAAUGUUUCCUUAUAUGCAAACAAACUGACUGGAGGUCAGACUUCAUCGACACCUCAUCUCAUUUAUCAUCCAUCUCAUCCCACGUUGGGGGUCAGUUUUAUCUUAAAGACUGCUUGAAAUUUGAUGAAUGCUUUUUUACGUGUCGCUCUCGUUGCCAUCUAUACUCCCAGCAUCUACGGCUCUGACUCAGAUGAAGAUCUGAGGAAGUCCUUUGUCAGAACAAUUGAGAUUACAAAGACCGCACUUCGCUAGAACUCUUUGUAAAUGUAAUCUAGGGUUUUCUUUCUAACCAGCUUUUAACCAUCUCGAUUCAAGAUAUGAACAUGCCCGCUCUCAAGUCUUGAGGGCACAUCAACGUUUGAGAAGCGAUAACAGCAGAACAUCUUUAUUAAGUAAACAUACAUUGUCUGUUCCAUCAUGAUUAUCAAAUGCAGCACAGAGGUUAUUUUCUUGUCAGCAACACAGCAAACGAACAUAUUUCCUAAGAUCUUUAAAGUGCACUUACAUUUAUUCACAGUGGGAAUUUAACUGUAUAAUUAGAAUUUACAGUCAAAUCUGUGAGAUGAUAGAUAGCAAUACAGGCGCUCAUGCUGGCGAUUCUGUUCUCUGUAAAGUUUCCCCUCAGGAUCAUAGAUGUUCCUUCUUGUAUUAAGAAAUCCGGACUCCUGGACUCUCGACUACGUGGGACGUGACCUUUGACCUUUGACUCCUAGCAAGGCAUCUGCUAGCCAGAGAGAACAUGCAUGGAACUCCCUGCAUGAUUUCUUCCACUUAUUCUUUGUUAAUGCACUGUACCUUUAAGCCAUCUACCAGCCGUGCCUUUUAUAAUGUAAGAUUUCUGUACAUUUUUUAUGAGCUGUAAUUGCAAUUUGGGUCAAAACUGCACAAAUGAGGUUGUUUUUUUUUUCUUAAAAAAAAAGUAUAAUGUUUUCUGGUUAUUUUUCUAGAAAAAAAAAUUAUGGAAGCAUAUUCUCAGUGAUUUUCUUUGUUUUUUUGAAGGAAUAACAAAACGAAAAAAAAAACACUUCUCUGUUGGGACACUUUUUUUUUCGAAACCAUUCAAAGAACGACAGCAACACAAGACGGUUUAUGAAACAGUUUAAAUUUACUUCUGAUGGUUAUGAGAAAUAAAUAGUUCC